AAAAUAAUCAUCGAAUGAUUUAACAAUAAUCCAAGCAACAUUGUGAAAUUACGAAAAAUUUAAAUCACUUGAAACUUGAUAUACGAUUUCCACUACCCGGAGCAUUAUUCCAUAACGCUCGUAUAAUAAUUGGCAUACGGAUAUGCAUAUUGUUUCAUCGAAAAUCGAAUCAUAGCUUUGACCUUGAGAAGUUAAUAUGGAUUCCAAUUUCAGGCUAGCCGGCAGACUGGGUCAUCAUCGCAGUGGGUUUAUCGCGCAAGUCUGCUAUCUGACAGUGAAAUAUCUUUUAUCUCCUCAAGCUUUAUUGAAUGUGGUUCGGCGAGUGGAUCGAUACUUGGAAUAACUUUAUUUACGGCCCUUCCAGAAUAUCAAGUCCUUAACAAAUCCGUACAUGAUACAUUCAAAAAAAUGUUAUAAACAAUAUCAAGAAUGACAUUUUCGUCCUUACUCUAUUUCUGAUAACCGAAACGGUCUAAGACUCACUGGAACCCUUGAUAAAAUUGAAUUUUUCAAGACGCGAAUCAAGCAGGAACCGGCUAGCGAUUCCGCGCGAGAAGUUAGACUCGAUUCUGAUCGAUAGGAGCACUCGAUUUUUUCCUCGUUCAGCUGCAGAUGCGCGAUUUGCUGAACCUCCUCAUAUAUAGCCUGUAUCAGUUUCGUUGCGCCCGUAAACUUUCUCGCAUGCGCGAUAAACUUUUCGCGAUUCAAUUUUGCAUCAGCGAAAAAGAUGCAAGCCGGUAGAAAAGUUGUCGAGGAUUGCUAAUUGGCGUAAAGUGCUGGGAAUUCGGACUAAUAUAUUCAGAUGGAAAAUGAUUGACGAAAUUGCCGAUCCUUAUAUGUUUGCGUGGUUGUACAACUGUACAGAGUAAAUAACUAUUCAUGCUACAGAAAUGUAUUGCGUCAGACUGAAUUGUUAAAACUUUUGAUUCUCCUUAUCUUCGAUCAAUACCAUCCUCGCGUCAAUUGAUGUCAAUGGAAUUUCAAACAGUUCCCAUCGCGAUCCAUUGUUAUACCGUCUUCAAAACCGAAGGUCACUAAGCAUACCUACCUACUGUACACAUACACACACACAUAUCAUAUAAACCCGCAAUGUAACGCAAAUUCCAAAACUACUGCGCACACAAUAACCAAAUCAACAUAACCCGCUUUCCUUAUCUUCGAUAACACGAUUAGGUAAAAAGGCGCAACGAUCAACAUUAAAAAAUCGCUUCCCACAUCGAUGUUAACGACAGCUCCGCUUACGACACUCCGAGCAUAUACGGAAAUAUUCCAGCGCCAGCCAAAAGUCGCCUUAUCAACGACCAGACCCCUAUUCUACUCACCUUGCGAUGAAAUUUUAUGCUAAUGCCGAAGCGCGGAUGUAUCCGCUCUCUACAUCCUCAGCUCACCGCCCGCGCAUCAUAUAGGAAGCGUUUCGCGGUCGAACUCGUGCGCGAUAACGUCGUUCGCGCGUACGUACUUGAACUGCAUCGUCAGCCGCGAAAGCAAAACCCUGCACUGCACCAAAAGUGUUACACUGUCAAGUCCGCGAUGCAUCCCGCAUACGAAUCGCGCGAAAAAAGGUCCAAAAGCGCAAUUAGACCUUUACGAUAGUUCGUCGAAUGAAUUGCUCAAUUAAACCCUCCCGAGGGGCUCGCGAAAUUCGUCCAAAGUGUCGACGAACGCGCGAGUAAUUUAUGCGGACCCUGACGAAUGGCUUUAUCCUUAUGGGCUGUAGUGCGCGUAUAAACCUAGGCGUUGCCUUGCCCCCUCGACUAUAUACACAGAGACACGGUGUCACUGGCUUUUCGCGGCCGGGCUAAACGCCAAAAUAAUUUACCUUGCUCGAGCGCGGCAGACCGCCGGCAUGUGCGCGAGCAAUCAACGGGGUAAACGCACCGUCAAAGCCGCCGCUGCCGCCGUAUAGCCGCGAAUUCAUCAUCGUCCAAUCUCUGCGCCGAAAUCGAGCCGAUAUGCGAAAAUUACCUCGUCGGAGAUAUAUACUGCACUUGAUUUUUCAGAUGCAAGCACACAUACGGGCUUGCACUUCGCGCCUCGAUUCUGGGUCAAGUUCGAGCGAACUCGACUCUCGCUUUUCGCUUAGCGGCGCAGGCGCGCGCGGUCUGCAUACGCGCAUCUGCCCAUGUUAUGAUUAACACAUGCACGUAAAGAUCGUCUUUGUGUCCGGUUUGGCCGGAUUUUCUAAUUAAAAUGCAGCCGCGUUCAAGGGGAUAAUAGACGCGGCCGGUACGAGCUAUAAUACCACUGGAGGCGAUUCAGUGCUGUAAUUAUUACACGCCCGGCGCGGGGCUAGUGUAAUAUGAUCGUUGCGUUGAUUUCGGCUCUAUGGCUGAAUAAUUAAUCGCGUAACCGACGGAUAUACGGUAUCAUAUGCACGAGUGUGUGUGUGUGUGUGUGGGAGUAAUAAUGGUCUAAAAUUUCUCGGUAUAAAUAUUUAAGAGGAUUUCCUAGUUGAUCUGUUAACGGGCUGUGCGCGUUGUCGAUGUAUGAACGUUUUCGCGCUUUACGAGGAAACGAGGAUUAAUGGCUUGUUGUGGAACAUUUCUGCAUUAGAAGCAAUAUUAUCAUCAAAAACGUUCCAAAUUCUCGUGUGUACGACGAAACUUCUGAAGAAAAUGGGUCGAGGAAAAUUCAACGUACGAGAGAAGCGCUGCACUUUAACAUUGACAUUGAUGCUGGAAAUCGAGCUCAUUGCUUCGCGCGCGAGGCUCGUUAAGCGCUAUCUUAUCGGAGACUCGAGUGUCUGCAGCCUUUUUAUAUCCUUCGCUAGUCAUCAUCGACGGAAUUGCAUUGGACGUUAAUUAUGCCGCCGAUAUAAAAUCGUCAUUGUGCGAUAUUCGAGAAGUAGGUUUACCGUCUUGACCCAGCUUCGUUAUCUCAACAUAACUAAAACAAGUUCGUUCAGCCGAGUAAUCUGUAAUCCCGCACGAGUAUACGGCUCGGGUUCAAAAAUCCGGAAACAAGGCCGCGGGCUCCGCCGAAAAAGCGCUGGGUCGUCGCACUAUAUUACACGCUGCUCGUCAUCGACACCUCGCUGCGGAAUCAUGGCCGCGAGCGGUACAGAGCCUAAUCCGACGUUCAAUCACAUAUGACGUAUAGUGGCGCUGACACAACAGCCCCGACGACGAGCCCUCCUACGGCUGAGAGCAGUAGUCGGUCAAUUACGCUCGCGCCUCGGUACUUUCCUCUGUCCUGGGAUUUCGAUGCUCAGCACUGCCCUCUCUCUCUCUCUCUAUCUCUCUCUCUCUCAACACAAUGCCGUAUUUGCCUUGGCCAUAUGCGUCAAUCCAACUCGCGGAUAUGUAGAUAUGUAGCUGGCGUGCUAUGGAUACCUGUGUAGGCCGAGCCGGAAGAGUGACAGGCGAGGCACUAUACCACUCGCAGCGAAAUUGUUCUCCGAAGGGGUCUAUGAUAGGGCGUCGACGCUCGAUUGCACGUCUGGCCCUCUCUCGUCGACCCCGUAGCACCAGGGGCUCGUUAUUGAAUUACGAAAAGUGGAGAGGAGAGAGGACGGACAGCCGAUGAUUACGGCCGCUGGACCUCCACUUUGCGGCUUCGUUAUUGCCGUCCUUUCGUGCCUUCAUUAAAGGCCACGUCAGCCCUUCGAGCGCCGCGACGGCCGCAGUGGCAAACAAAUUGGACUAUGGCCUUGCGCAGCGAGAGGGUAGAAAAUUACGGUUAAGCGGCAGUCAUUCGAUUCGGCGAUGUUUUCGCCCGUCGGCGGAUGAUCUUCACGUUCGUGCGUAACAGAAUCAGAGUCCGAGUGUCGGAUGUUCAGUAGCUUUUGGUAUCCUACGCGCGAAACUAUUUUCAUUCGAAGCUAAUGGAAUAAUGCGCGCGUUAUAACUACGUUUUCGGUUAUGUUCGAGGACUUUUGACUCGUAAUUCAUCCGUAGCCCGAUCGGGGGGAACUAGUGAAAUUUCUCGGUAUCAUAACGCACUGGCAGCCUUGAGUGCGCCAAUCUUACGCGCGCGUGUAAUUGAUUUAAUUAGUUCGUCGGGAAUAUGAAGGGUCGGGUAAAAUUCUAAACUAUGCUUCGUGCGUGGAAAAUUAGCAAAAACUACGGGGGUUUCAGUGUUUGCCUGCGCUGAUUAAUGGAAUAGCACUCGAGCACUGGGCUCUUCAUGUUUUUCAAGUUGAUGUAAUGAAAUUCCCUUGCAUUAAUGCUAUAUUGGAUACAAAGCGAUAGUUUAUUUGACGAUCGAUUGAAAACUCAUCAUGGUGUGUGUGUGUGUGUAUAGAACUCUGAAUUGUUGAAUAUUGAACAAACAUCAAUGAAGUCAUUCACACCUUUCAGCAAUAGGAAACCUAUAAGUCCACACAGUCACAGUAGAGCCCAGCACGACACCCGCGGCUUUUUCCACCGAAAGUGAACGCACGACAGAGCGCGCAAACGUCCUUUACCUCGUGCCCUCAGCCUUGUCCGGAGUCACGAACGCGCUAUCUGCCAACUCCACACUCGCCGCGCGGAUAUGCAGGGUCAAAGCGCGUGCGAGACAUCGUUAUUUUUUUUUUCAUUCUCUCUCGAUACAGGUGGGGGAGACGUGAAUGACACGAGCGACUGAUCGAAACUAUAAAGAAUCGGUUGUUACCGCGGAAGAGUCACACUUUUCGCUCAGUCGUGCGCCGCUCUGCUCACCAGACCAAGAGAACGACGACUCCUCGAGUUAUGGCUGCCCCGAAGGAAAUGGCACUGAUCCUCGCGUCGAUGCUGAUGCUGACGCUUGCCGCCGUCGCAGCUGAAUAUAACAACCUGGCGGAUGUUUCCUGCGGUCAAAGCGAGUCUAACGUACGUCAGGCUAGGAUCGUCGGGGGCCAGGAUGCCAUUCCUCGGGAAUUCCCUUGGCUGGUGAGCAUCACGCGCAAAGGAGCCCACUUCUGCGGAGGAACCAUACUCAACUCGAAAUUCGUCCUCACCGCCGCACACUGCUUCUGCUCGAGGAACGGCAUGAUGCCCGUGAGCCAGUUGCGAGUGACGCUGGGCGAGCACGACUUACAGGCGGCCGAGUCACCGGUGAGCGUCACCAUAGCCGUCAGGAGCAUGAUCGUACAUCCGGUGUACGAGUGCGGCAAGUGGAACAGCGACAUAGCUCUGCUCGAGAUGAGCGAGCCGAUCGAGUGGUCCGAGAGCGUGAUGCCGGCUUGUCUGCCACCCGAGACCGGACGAUCGGGAUACAGCGCGUUCAGUGGCAAAAGCGCCGUUACUGCCGGAUGGGGAUGGCUCGGAGAUGACAAGGCUAUCUACUCGAAAGCCAACGUUUUGCAAAAAGUGGCCGUUAACGUGAUAGAAGACCAAGUGUGCAGCGAGUGGUACGCCAGUCAAGGGAAGGCGUUCCGCGUGAAAUACGGACAGAUGUGCGCCGGUCACGAGACCGGAGGCCGAGACUCUUGCGCGGCCGACAGCGGCGGUCCACUCAUGUUCGCCGGUGGAAAUCAGAAGACGAUGGUCAUCGGCAUCGUUUCAACGGGCAUCGGCUGCGCCAAGUUCCGACUGCCCGGGAUUUACACGAGGGUCUCGGAGUUCGUGCCCUGGAUCGUGGCGAAUACUAGGAAGUGAAUUGAAGCUUGAAUCUGUUCGUUGUGCCAAGUUGUUAAAGUUUUGAAGUAUACGUAUUGUUUUGGAGUCGUUAUAACGUCAAGUGCCUAAUUUUGUAGAGAUGAAUAAAUGACUGUGGAGUUGUUGUUAUUUUCAACGAGAUAGUAUUAUGUUGCUUCAUACUUCGUGAUUGCGAAGUAUAAACUGUGAUAAUUGCGAGACGAUUCGUUGUAACAUCUGAUUUGCGAUAAACAUUGAAAUAUUUGAUAUCGAAUAUUUCAAAAAUGUUCUAGUCCUGUAACUCGAAACACGUGUAAUAUAAAUGAUGAUCGCAAUUUCUACAUAAUCUAGAAAUUGCCUACUAUUGUUGAAUAAAAACAUUUAU